UUAUUUAAUAGAUGCGCGGUCCAUUUAAUUAGUCAAUCAAAAUAAUUGAAAUGCAUGUGCUGAGGCAGACGCUCCAUUUGCGGGCGUAUCGUUUUAGCAUCAGCAGCCGGCUGCUGACGCAAAGCUGCACAGGCCAAGAGGUCACGGAGCUGACAAACGAUGUAAAACAUCGCAUAGAGGCCCAUUGGCGGGAUAGCCUGAGUGGUGGACAGUUCAGUGUAACGCAGCCGUCGAAUAAAUACUACGUGCUUUCCAUGUUUCCAUAUCCGUCGGGAAAUCUGCACAUGGGCCACGUGCGUGUUUACACCAUAAGUGAUGCAGUGGCGCGUUUCCAACGUAUGUGUGGCAAGAAUGUAUUUCAGCCCAUUGGGUGGGAUUCGUUUGGCUUGCCUGCAGAAAAUGCGGCCAAUCAACGCGGUGUAGAGCCCGCCGCCUGGACGGAACAAAAUAUUGCCCAAAUGAAAAAGCAACUGCAACGUCUGGGCUGUUCCUUCGACUGGAAGCACGAGCUGUCGACUUGUAGUCCCAAGUACUACAAGUGGACGCAGUAUUUGUUCCUUAUGCUUUACAAGCAAGGGCUGGCGUAUCAGAAUGAAGCGCUGGUAAACUGGGAUCCGGUAGAUAAGACUGUAUUGGCCGAUGAACAGGUCGAUGACAAUGGCUGUUCGUGGCGUUCCGGCGCCAAAGUGGAGAAAAAGUUGCUGAAGCAGUGGUUCAUACGAACAAGCGCCUUUGCCAAGCAGCUGCUCGACGGGCUUGAAGAUCCAACGCUGCGUGACUGGCGCGACAUUAUAAAUCUACAGCGUCACUGGAUUGGCGACUGCGAUGGUUAUGCCUUCACAUUGUUAACAUCUGCAGGAAAUUUGCUGCGAGUUUGGACAACAAAUCCGGAACAUUUAAAAGAUCCGGACGCGUUUAUUGUGCUACGUAGCAAUCACUAUCUUUCAAAGGUGCCCAAUGCAGAUGUUCUAAGUGUUGAGAAUCCUUUUUCCGGCACCGCAUUGCCUGUUGUGUUUAGUAACGAACCUUCUUUUCCUUCAAACUGUGAUGUUUACCUCGCAGCUCCCAGUUUUCGUACCCAGGACAAGGAGCUAUGGGAUAUGUUUUGUUUGUCAUUCUUGAAUAACUCGGAGACGGCUUUUAAUCCCGGAAACUGGGAGGAGAUGCGCAGGGAUGUUGUUCAGUCAGCGGCACGCCUCAAUAUUGGCGGCUACCGUGUCUCUUCGAAGCUGCAGGAUUGGCUGAUAUCGCGUCAACGCUACUGGGGCACUCCCAUACCUAUAGUGCAUUGCCCUAAGUGUGGGGCUGUUCCCGUGCCUGAGGAUCACUUGCCUGUUCAAUUGCCGCCUCGCCAAGCUGGAAAGGAUGCCCUUAAUUGCGCGUGUCCGAAGUGUGGACAUGCGCAGGCAAAGCGAGAAACAGAUACCAUGGACACUUUUGUGGAUAGCUCAUGGUAUUAUUUGCGUUUCUUGGACGCACACAAUGACGAACGCAUUUUUGACAAAAAUCUGGUUGCUGAAUGCAUGCCCGUAGAUCUCUACAUAGGUGGCAAAGAACAUGCCGUGCUGCAUUUGUAUUAUGCCCGCUUUAUAAAUCACUUUCUGCAUAGCUGUGGAUUGUCGCCCACGAGCGAACCAUUCUCUCGGUUACUGGUUCAGGGCAUGGUCAUGGGACGCUCAUAUCGUGUUAAAGGCAGCGGUCGCUAUGUGCGCGAGCACGAAGUGGAAAUUGUGAAUGCCAAGAAAAACCAGGCACUGCUUAAGGAUACCAAAGAAUCAGUGGUGAUAAGUUGGGAAAAGAUGUCGAAAUCUAAGUUAAAUGGCGUGGAACCUGACGACAUGUUCAACGAGUACGGCACAGAUACGACCCGCUUGAUCAUUCUUGGAGAUGUGGCGCCCACUUCGCAUCGCAAUUGGUCCAGUGCAACCUUCCCGGGAAUUCUCAACUGGCAAAAACGGCUGUGGUUAACGCUGCAGGACUUUCAUGCAGCGCGGUCAGAAACUUUGCAGGAAACUGUGGACAUUGGCAGUGAGGCUUUUUUGGCGGAAGAUGCGAAACUUUUCGAUGCGCGCAAUUUCUACAUUAAGGGAACGACGUUUAAUUAUCGCCAUGCACAUCAAUUGAGCGUAGCCAUAUCGAAGAUGCAGGGUCUAACCAAUUCUUUGCGGCGGACACCAAAACAUGUGCAACGCUACGGAAAGCAAUUCGAACGGGCGCUGGCUGCUCAAAUUAUAAUGCUGGCACCCAUGGCACCCCAUUUUGCUUCCGAACUUUGGUCGAAGUUUGUGGCCGUACCUGGUCGCCUGAACGCCUCUAGUAGCGAGUUGCAGUGGGAACAGGAUGUGCUGGCCCAGCGUUGGCCUGACAUAGACGCUGCUUACCAGCUAGAUCUGAGCAUAAAGGUGAACGGAUUCGAGAAUUGUGUGAUCAAAGUGUCGCGCACUCAGCUGGACAAAGUUAGCCACAGUGAUGCUCUGGACAUAGCCUUUAAUACACAAUCUGUCACCUCAUAUCUGAUAGACAAGAAGAUUCGCACUACCAAUUUUGUGCUCUAUCCCGGUAUAGAGGCCAUUCUCAAUAUAUACGUUGAGAAAGUGAAGAAGUCGCAAAAGCCAGUAAAUAGCAAUGAUGCAGACAAAUUGUUGGUAGAGUAGGGGUUUUGAAAAUCAUUAUACCUGACAAUGAACAAACAUACAUUGGUAUAUUAGGAACUCCACUUAAUUGUUAUACUUUCAGACUAUGAAUGAUUUUAAUAAUUAAUCGUUCAAAUUAGUGCUAUUGAAAUUUUAAAAAUUUUAGACUAACUCCAUAAAAAAAUGUCUGAAAAGUCAUUGGUAAAAAGGAACUUAUGGCAAUUUAUUUAUUAGUUUAAUUGUAUUUGUACUAUAAGCCUAAUGUUAAAUAAAUUUAUGUAAGCCAUAAUAUUGUGAAUUAGUUAUGACGCCCUAACAAACGUACUUGUAUGAUGAAUGACCCAACUGGAUUGGAUGCAUUUUAAAUCGGACAUUUUUCAUAUUUUUGUGCUCACGGUUUUAAUGUUGUAUAGCUAAAACAUAUCCUGGGUUAAAAGAUAAAAAGUCGUUUAAAUUA